AUGGAUUCUUCUCUCCAACCCCUCGUCAAAAUCAUACACUCAUUGCUCGACCGACUACCUUCACGGGCACAAGACAUCGUCAAAGCACCGCUGACUCGAUACGCCUUGGGAGCAUGGCUCGCGUUGCGGUUGUUGCGAGGUUUGAACAGUCAACUCUCACGGUACACUCUCAACAAUUACACCACGCUGAGCAAAUUCGAGCCAACCAACGAACUCGCCGUCGUCACAGGAGGCUCGAGCGGGAUAGGAUGGCAGAUCAUGAAGGACCUCUCGGCGUUGAACGUCAGAGUUGUAAUUCUGGACGUCCAGGAACCAAAGGGACCCCUGCCACGUGGUGUAUGGUUCUACAAGACAGACAUCACGUCCACCGAAACUCUCAAGAUCACGGCCGACAAGAUCCGACGGGAACACGGUGAUCCGACCAUCCUGGUGAACAAUGCCGGAGUGGGCAACGGCGGUUCCAUCAUCGACAAGUCAGAAGAGUUGAUCCGACGGACGUUCGAGGUCAAUCUGAUGGCGAACUACUGGACCGUCAAGGAAUUCCUGCCCGCCAUGGUACGCAACAACCACGGCCACGUCGUCUCGAUUGCGAGCGUCGCCAGCUUCGUCUCUUUCGCCCGGUCGAGCGACUACUGUUGUUCCAAGGUCGGCGUUCUCGCCUUCCACGAGGCCCUGACGCAGGAGAUUCGGCACCAGUACGGUGCGAAGAGGAUCCGGACGAGUAUCAUUCAUCCGUUGUGGACGCGAACCCCCAUGGUAGAGGCCUUGGAGAAGCAAGGAGCCAAGUUCGGGAACAACAUCCUGAAGCCAGAGGAUGUCUCAGGCGCCGUCGUCAAGCAGAUUGUCUCCGGAAGUAGCGGUCAGAUCGUCCUUCCAGCCAACCAUCAGCACUUGGCCAGGUUGAGGGCGUAUCCUAUCUGGCUCCAGGAGUUCGUCAGAAACCAGCCAUCAAAGAUGUCGCAAAAGGCAGCACGUGUUUAA